GAUGUUCUUGUUUAGCUAUUUGUCUAGCCUUAUUUCUGGUUCAUAAUAUGCUAAUUGAUGUUUAUGAUAAAUUCUUUUUUAUUUUCUAGUUUUCAAGAUAUAACAAAUUCAGAGAAUGUGCAAUGGAAUGAAAAUAUUUUAUCUAAAAAUGCUGAAUACAGCUUUCUCCCUUUGCCCUCUACUUCGCAGGCACCACAAGGACUUACUUUUGAAAAAACACUAGUUUCCCAGAAUGAAUCAGUAGAAAAUGUUAAAGUUCCUGUUCGCAACUAUGAAAGAAUUGUGGGAAAACCUAAUAGAAAUAGAGAUUCUACAUUAACUGAACGUGAGAAGAUCCUGCUGAGUCAUUUGACUCAAACUAAAUUAAGCUUAAAGCGUUUGGCAGUCGAAAUGCGAACUGUGAGGAAGACACUAAUAAAUUGUUUGUAGCUUAUAACGAUAUUAGCGGGGUCCGCACUGACAUGCCUAAUAGAAAUAAUAAUGAUGA